GAAGACGAGCCAGUCACACAGUGUCGACAUCACGAGGAGGGCAGAUCAUCUGGUCAGCAGAUCAGGCCACAUCCCGAGAUGCACUCCCAGUUAAUCCGGUGAUCCCAUCGCAGUGCAGUGAAAGUGCGCGGCGUGACAGAAUCGUGAGUGGCGCAUGGGAAGAAGAUGACACGUUGGGAAUUUCGGUCAAAUUGCAUGAGAUAAAAAAGAAAGUUUCCAGUGAGUCUCAGCGCUUCCACUCUCACCUGGGCAUUUAUUGACACUCUCUGUGUGCGGACGGAAAUCAUGGCGUACAAGGCGGAAACGAAGCCGCAGGACUACAGCUUUGUGGUGAAGAACUUCUUCGCGGGCGGAGUGGCGGGAAUGUGCUCGAAAACGGCCGUGGCGCCGCUGGAUCGCAUCAAGAUCCUCUUCCAGGCACACUCGAAGCACUACAAGCACUUGGGCGUGUUCAGCGGACUCAAGGAGAUCGUGCUGAAGGAGUCCUUCUUCGCUCUCUACAAAGGCAACGGGGCGCAAAUGGUCAGGAUCUUUCCCUAUGCAGCCAUCCAGUUCACGGCCUUUGAAGUCUACAAAAAGUACCUGAUCAAUGUCCUUCCGCCGUCUGUGAUGUACGUGAAGCACGCGGACAAGUUCUUCGCGGGCGCCGGCGCCGGACUCACGGCCGUCACGCUCACGUAUCCGCUAGACGUGGUGCGCGCCAGGCUGGCGUUCCAGGUCACCGGUGAGCACCGCUACUCAGGCAUCGCCAACACGGCGGCGACGAUCUUCCGCAACGAGGGUGGCCUGCGUGCGCUCUAUCGCGGCUUUGUGCCCACACUCACGGGCAUGGUGCCGUACGCCGGGCUGUCGUUCUACUGCUUCGAGAUGUUCAAGUUUGCGUGCAUGAAGUACAUGCCGCAAUUCACGUGCAACACCGAAGAGAGGAACACCGGCGGUCUCGUACUCAAUGUGCCCUCUAAGCUGCUCUGCGGUGGCUUCGCCGGCGCCGUGGCGCAAUCCUUCUCAUAUCCUCUGGAUGUGACGCGAAGACGAAUGCAACUGGCCAUGAUGAAUCCCGACACGGCGAAGUUUGGCAUGGGUAUGUUCAAGACUCUGACGCUGAUCUACCGUGAGAAUGGCAUCAUCAAGGGACUCUAUCGUGGCAUGUCCAUCAACUACUUGAGGGCCAUUCCGAUGGUCGCCGUGUCCUUCUCAACAUACGAACUCCUGAAGCAGGCGCUCGCCCUGGACACGGGCAUGAAGAUCUAGAGGAGUCGUCUUAGAUUAAUAAGGCUUGAACGGU